CGCCAACUUAUUCUUCAUUAAAUGCUGGUUGGUUUAUUUGAAAAAAUCAGUUUAUCAGUUUAUCUCACACAUCCUCGCCUUCAUCGUUGCAUCCGAUGGCAUUGUCAAUGAAAAUCUCAUUGAAUUUUUCGCCAACUUGCUCUUAGCCGUGUCCGUCUCCUGGCUCAAGAAGCGCGGUCUUACAUUCUCGUCAGCCACAAAGAGGGUAUGUACACCAAUUUUGCAUCAGCAUGUUCCAAUUGCGCGAAAUUAACCAGAUGGAGCGCGAGAUGUACUUACAUUCUUCCCUCAUCAUCUAAGACAACCCAUCCUCCUACUACGAAUCCCUUCCCACCUCCUCCAGCCGCUUUGGCACCUACACCCACAUAUGGUCAUCAUUAUCCUUCGCCACCAAAGCCAGCUUUCCCUCCACUCAAUUCUUCCUACAUCACACCACCCACAUUGCCGGACACGCCAUCACCAGGUUAUUCAACAUCGACAUCAACAGCAUCAACAGCAUCUCCUCCAACGCCCCCAGGUAUGAAGGAUUGUACGGCUCACAUCGUUUCAGCUUCGUCUUCACCAGGUAUCCCAAAACACGAGCCAGUACCAGUACCACCGCCAUUAAAGCACAAGAUGUUCGCGUUCGCUUCACCGCUGGACCUGCCAUCAGCGCGCUGAUCUCAUAGGCCAGGGAGACUCGAAACUUUGGCCGCUUUGCUUUCGGUCAUCAGAAGUGUUCAAUUUUC